GCCUAUUGCAUAUAAUUAACAUUUCUGCAACUUAGGACUCUAAAAAGCUAGGGUUUCUCCUCUUCCUCAACGAAGUUUCAAAUCAAGCUAAUAUAUUGAAGUUUUCAAAGCUAUGUACGGUCAAAGAGGGGCAAUGUUGGGGAGCGGGGGGGUUUCGCACGGGUACGAGAUCGGAUCAAAGAGACCAAGAAUGAUGGAAUCAAAUCCCUACUUCGCAGUGAGCAGCGGCGCAAGCAGUUAUCACCAGCCUUAUGGCUAUGGUGGCAGCAGCAGCAGAUUUCAGCCCUCUGGAUUACCUGUUGUUCGUUUGAGGGGACUUCCGUUCAACUGCACUGACAUUGACAUUCAGAAGUUCUUUGUUGGCCUGGAUAUUGUCGAUAUUUUCCUGGUCAACCAGGAUGGACGAUUCUCUGGGGAGGCUUUUGUUGUCUUUGCUGGUCACAUGCAAGUUGAUUAUGCUCUUCAAAGGGACAGACAGAAUAUGGGGAGGAGAUAUGUGGAAGUUUUCAGCUGCAAGAAGGAAGAUUAUUACCAAGCUAUAGCUGCUGACGUGAAGGAAGGAGGUUACGAUUAUGAAUACCGUUCCCCCCCACCAUCUCGACGAAAGAGGUCCGUGAACAAAGAUGGUUUGGAGUACACUGAGAUAUUGAAAUUGCGAGGUCUUCCAUACAGUGUUAGAAAAACAGAUAUUGCCAGGUUUUUCGGUGAGGAAUUUAAUGUUACUCCUGACAAGGUACACAUUGCACACCGCUCUGAUGGAAAAGCUACUGGAGAGGCCUAUGUGGAAUUCACCUCUGCUGAAGAGGCCAAGAAAGCUAUGUGCAAGGACAAUAUGAAGAUUGGAUCGAGGUAUAUUGAGCUAUUUCCUUCGCAUCCAGAUGAAGCUAGACGAGCCGAGUCAAGGUCACGAAAGUGAUGCCAAAUAUUUCUGCAGUGUAGAGCAUUUUUAAGCAUCAUAUAUUUUCUUCACCUGUUUCUUUUGGGGAGGGAUAGUCUUGCAGUUGUUAAAGAUCGUCUUCUUUGAUUACUGUCAUUACUGUAUGAUUUUCUUUUUGGAGUGUUGGGAGGGAGGGCUUUGUACCCAUAAUAAGUAUGUUUUCCUGGACAAAUUGAUAUGAACGGGUUUUAUAAUUUGUGGUUCUCACUCUUGGCUAUCUUAGUUUUGGGUUUUGAUUAA